AGUAACUGAUAUUACGAAUGACUUAUGAUUUAAUUUGAUGUGCUGAGUGGUUGAUGGUUGAAAUGAUUUAUGAACUGAGGGAACCCUUAAGGGUGGUUAAGUCCAGUUUUAGGGGAGGUUAUGUCCAAAUUUUUAUAAAAAUAUGAGUUGUUGCAAUAUGCCAGGUGGAAUGAUUAUCAAUCAGCUAUCGAGCAGUAUAAAAAUUGGACAACUGCUGACGUCAGGAGAAGGUUGGACGAUCUUUCUCCGGACGGGUUUGUGUGGGAUGCAUACAGUCCCAACCGGAUUGCGCCACAUCUUAUUCCAUUUGAGAUCAACGAUGGUGCAGAGCUCUGGAGUGCGACUGUACCUUUAAUAUGCUUUGAGACUGUGGAGUGGCAUCCCACUGAUAGAGUCAGAAGACAAUUUGGCUUUCAACAAGACCCGCCAGUUGAACCAAUGAAACUCGGCGCAUCCCAUAACAUAGUGCUGACGGGACCCAAAAACAAAAACUGGGGUGUAGAACACGAAAAAUGGAUCUCACAGUGGUUAAACAGUCCUGCAUCCGUAUUAACCGGUGCACAUGGCGACCAUUAUCAACCUUCUGAGCAGUACAUGGACUGGUAUGUUCGUAAUUUCGGUCAUCACCUGCGUCUCUCCGAGCAUGCCAAUGAAGAACAACAACCACAGCAAGAGCAAUCACAUCAACAAGAGCAACCAGCUCAGCAACAACACCCACCAUGGCAAGAUCAACAACCAUAUUCACAGCCAUAUACAUACCCACCGUAUCCGUACCUACCACAUCCACAAGCAUAUGCAUACCCACCAUGCGCACAACCAUGUCCACAACCUUUCACUCAGCCUGUUAUAUCAUAUCCACCAUACUCACAGGAAUAUGCACAACCUUUCACUCAGCCUACCAUACAGCCAUACACACAGGCCUCUACGAUGCACGAGGAAUACAUACCGACCCAGGCACCGCACUAUUCGUUGACACAAAUACUAGGGACAUCGACACAUGAUGAGGAACAGUAUAGGCAUAUUAUUGAUUGGGUUCAAGGUCCUGAGUCAUCUCAAUGGGUAGAUAAUUUAUUCUCUACCCAAGACCCUGUACAGGUGCCGGUGCCUCAAGAGGGUCCUGGUCGAUUAUCUUUGGAUGCAAGUCGUCCACCGCGGUCCUUUUCUGAGUACUCUAUGCCGAGAAGCUCUGUUGAUUCUGGUAGGAGUGUCCAUAGGGGGAUUGGAUGUCGGCAGACUCCGACACGGAUUUCUAUGCCCGAAGAGGAUGAGGAGGAGACUGACAAUGUGGUUGAGGAGACUAGUGCAGGGGAGCAUGAAGUCGAUCAGCUCGGUUUAGUUCCUGAUGCGGUUGAUGAGGGCGGUACAAGUGAUGAAAUGGUUGACGAAGCAGGUGUAAGUAAUUUGAUUGUUAUGCAUUGUGAUAUUCCAACAAAUUGCUAG